UUUAGUUCAAAUAUCAGGUGUAAUGUCCAAAUAACCAGUAAAACUCUGCCUAUAAUCCUUUUUCGUUUUUCAUUUCUUUUUUUGUUUUUUUUUUUCGCUUCUAGCAAAUUACAGAUCGUAGGGUAACAAAUGUCAUUUGUCAAACAGAUCUACAACAAUCAGAAUCUCUUUCAGGUCAUAAAUUGAUACAGCCCAUGUACUACAGGACCCAUAGCCAUGCUGGUUUCCCGAAAGGCUCUUAUUUGGUUCCUAAUCCAACCCAUUUCCACAUUACACGUCAAACCCAAAUUGCAAUUAGACGUCCUGUGCUAGUCUCUGUAGCAAAACAUAACAAGUCAUCUCAUUAUCUUUUUAAUCAUGGAUCUAAAUCUAAUAACUCUACUGUGACUAUUAAUUUAGGGCAGGCCCAUUCAGUUUCUGUGAAAAUACCUUUUGAAACUCUGACUGGCUUUAUAUUUCCUUUAGCAAGCGCUUUGAAUUUCCGAAAAAGUCCUGUCUUGAAUAAUCAGGCCUGUCAAACAGCUUAUAUGAACAAUUUCGAAUAUGUAUCAAGUCGAGAAGACCUGAAUAAAGUUACUUAUACACCUUUAUAUAUUGACAGUUACAGAACUUGUCAAACAAAACCAGAGAAUGCAAAUAAAACAACCUCAUUUGAGAAACGUAUUUUGGCGAAUAUGCAAGAGCAUAUGCUUGUAGAUCUAAGUUCAGAGUCUGAGUAUGAAUCAUUUGAGGUUAUGAAUGAAAGUUAUUAUGAAUCAACGAAAGGAGACAUUAUUGAGUUUAAUGAAGAUGAUCAAGAAGCAAAUGAAUCUUUAGUUCAAAUCACUUCAGAGGUGGCUGCUAUGAUUCCAAGUACUGGAAGUAGCUCUGAUAUAUCAGAGAAUCCUACGAAUAUGGAUCCAAAUAAAGAUGAACAAACUAAAGUUGAUGUUCAAAAAAUCACUGAAAAUAAUCAGAGGGAUUAUCUAAAUAUUCCUAAUAACACUAGCAGAGAUGAAGGUAUUGAUGAUUGCACCAUGAUGGAGACAGUAUAUGAAGAUGCAGUCCUGGAUAAGACUGUGGAAGAGAUUAUUAUCCAGCUUUCUAACUUAAUUCUGGAAUAUUUGAUACAACAGUGCUAUGAGCUCAAAGAGUUGAUUUUGUUCCCGGAAGUAUUACACGAUUCAAACUUUUCUAAGCUUUUAACAAAGAUGACUCAAGUCUACAGUGAGUUUUAUAGAACUAAUUUAAGCCCUGAGGAAAAAAAUGAGAUCAGAGUUUCUUUAGCUACUCAUACGUUGAAACUUCUCGAAAUCGACGAACGAUUCAACAAUUCUGGAGAUUCUGGUGGUUCGAAUACAGUUUCAGACAAGGUGUUCAGUAUUUCAGAGUUCUUGAAUGAUAUCUUAGAUCAUUUCUUCAAUUCUCUUGAAACAGGUGGACAAUUUGCAGAGUUUGCUUUACCUCUUGAUAACAGUGAUGAAAGCGUUUUUCACUCUACCCCAGAACAGAAAAGGAAGCAGAGGAAAGUGAGAGAUAACGAAGAUGAAAAUUUUGAAAUUACCACUUUCCACAAGAAAACCGUAAAGUCUGGAUCCGAUAUCUAUUGGAUGUCAGUGUCAAAUUCGCCGAGUCUUCCGAAAAAGCCAGAUACUCCUCAAAGACCAAUUAUAAAUGUGGAUGACAUACCUUUAAGACCACCAGAAGACUUGAUUGCUCCAAAAAGGGCACUAUCCCCGAUCAUAGAAGAACCUCGUGUCAACCUAUUUUACCAGUUCAUGGACGAUCAUGAAUUCAAUAUUCUACGUGAUUCUAACUUCAACAAGCAUUAUAAUCAAGAUAAUAAUAAUGUGGAAAGCAGUUAUGAUUCAGAUAAAGUAGACAAGAUUUUAACAGAACGUUGCAUGGAUUCUUAUAUAUCUUUUGAUAGGCCUGAAAGUAAUGUUGUUUUAUCAAAUGAAGUUAAUUUUUUUAGAACGAAAACAAUCAAUACAAAUGCUUAUGUCGCAUCCAAAACAUCCACUUUCAAAAAUAGUCAGUCAGAUAAUAAAGAAAAUGAAUUUGACAAUUCUGGAGACUGGAUGGGCUAUGAGACUGCCAAAUUCUGAUUAUCUAAAUUAGUUUCACUGAUCUGUUUGUACAUUUAAGUUCAAAAAUGUUUGAAGUUGAAACAGUUUUUGUAUAAGUUGAUAUGCCUUUAUAUACUUUAUACUCAAUUAUUGAAUAUAGGUUCAGUUCGAAAAAUUAUUUUGCAUUAUUAAUCUGAAGCAAUACUCUGAAUUGGAUUAUAUGUAAAUAUCAUAAAUCUUCAAAAUCUUACAAUACUGGAUUUUUUCUUUUUCAUAAUUUUGCCAAUGACUUACCUUACAUAUGCUUUUGAAACAUAAACCACCAACAGCAUUAUAAAACAACUUUUUAUGUUUUUUUACUAUAUUAUUACUAUGCUGGAAUAGUGCAAUUAUCAAGUCUUCAGAGAGUUAUCAGAGAAGCUAACAUUGUCGUUUAUUAAAAUAUUUUUUAUCUUAAAAAA